UGAAGCAUACGAGGAGGCAGCAGUUUAGACGGUGGAGGCUGCACGAGUUUGUGACUCUCUUCUUUUGGGUGUUUCACGCCACUUCACUCUAAAACUCAUGUGAAUCUGAACGGCACACCCACUAGGCAAAGACUUCAACUUUUAGUGUUCUAAAUAACACACAAGCUGUUUGAUAAAUUAACCGACUAGGUUUUGUGGUUAAAACCCAAGUGGGUAGUAGGAAUGUCUUGCGCCACCUUCAAUGUUGGAGCUUCUUUGAAUCUUCAUGGAUGCACUAAGCAUGGAGUUUCUAAUACAUUUGGCUUCAGACACCACUCUAAUUGUAUUUUACCCAAGUUUUCUUCUCUCUCUUUUGAGACCUUCAAUUUGAGCUUUACUGAUCCUAGUUUUGGUUGGGAUACGCGCUCGCGCUCAUUCCAGAGUGUUUUCAAAUGUGCUGUUCAGAAUUCAAAUCCAUCAGCUUCUGUUGGCUUUGAGACAAAGAACGAUUCUCAAAGGGUAGUUGUUCUGGUUAUUGGUGGAGGGGGACGUGAACACGCACUUUGCUAUGCCUUGCAACGAUCACCAUCCUGUGAUGCUGUAUUUUGUGCCCCAGGCAAUGCAGGAAUUUCCAGCUCAGGAAAUGCUACUUGUAUUUCAGACCUUGAUGUUUAUGAUGGAGCAGCAGUAGUCUCAUUUUGUCGUAAAUGGGGGGUGGGACUAGUUGUUGUUGGACCCGAGGCUCCACUUGUUUCAGGUCUUGCAAAUUAUUUAAUUAAGGCAGGAAUCCCAACUUUUGGCCCAUCCGCAGAGGCUGCUGCUUUGGAAGGUUCUAAGAAUUUCAUGAAGCAUUUAUGUGACAAGUAUGAUAUUCCAACUGCCAAGUACAAAACGUUUACAGACCCAUCUGCUGCAAAGCAAUAUAUUCAAGAACAAGGAGCACCGAUUGUUAUCAAAGCAGAUGGAUUGGCUGCUGGAAAAGGAGUUACUGUUGCCAUGACACUGGAAGAGGCAUAUGAAGCUGUUGAUUCAAUGCUGGUGAAGGGUGAUUUCGGUUCAGCAGGUUGUCGUGUCAUUGUUGAGGAAUUUCUAGAGGGAGAAGAAGUGUCAUUUUUUGCAUUGGUUGAUGGAGAAAAUGCAAUUCCACUAGAAUCUGCUCAGGACCAUAAACGAGUUGGUGAUGGUGACACGGGGCCAAAUACUGGCGGCAUGGGUGCUUACUCUCCUGCUCCUAUAUUAACUAAGGAACUUCAGUCUAUAGUUAUGGAUUCUAUUAUCAUCCCAACAGUAAAAGGAAUGUCAGCAGAAGGUUGCAAGUUUGUUGGGGUUUUGUAUGCUGGGCUCAUGAUUGAGAAGAAGUCUGGCAUGCCUAAGUUAAUUGAGUAUAAUGUGCGAUUUGGUGAUCCAGAGUGCCAGGUCUUGAUGGUUCGGUUGGAGUCUGAUUUAGUACAAGUUUUGCUGGCAGCUUGCAGAGGUGAGUUGAAUGGGAUAUCACUGAACUGGUCUCCAGGGUCUGCCAUGGUUGUGGUAAUGGCCAGUAAGGGAUAUCCUGGAUCAUACGAGAAGGGAACUUUGAUUGAAAACCUUGAAGAAGCUGAGGUUGUUGCUCCAGGUAUCAAGAUAUUCCACGCUGGAACUGCUUUUGACUCUGAAGGAAGAUUUAUUGCAACUGGGGGGCGUGUUCUUGGGGUUACUGCCAAGGGCAAUGAUCUUGAAGAGGCACGUGAUCGAGCUUAUCAAGCUGUUGACAAUAUUAACUGGCCAGGAGGCUUCUAUCGUCGUGAUAUUGGUUGGAGAGCCCUUCCUCAAAAACAAUAUGCUACAAAGGGAUAAACGACUGUGACAACGUCCUUAUAGACAUUGGUCAAUAGUCAAUAGUGGUAAAUCAGUUUACAAACAUAAGAACAUCUCCAAGAUAAGAGGGGUUUUCCAUAGUUGAUGAAUCUUGUAAAUUUUUUUUUGGUGUAACAGGAUUGGAUAAUGUGGUUACAUCGUGAGCCAUGAUGGGGAACCACACAAGAACUAACUGUUCCCCCUCUCCCUCCCCUAAGAGUAUAAUAUUUCCUCGUAUUAUAAGAUAAAAAGUUAUUU